UUGAGCCGAAGGGAAGGAAAAUUGAUGGUGAAUCUCCACGCAGUUGUUUCAUUCGACCGCCAAAAAGGAGAGCUACAUCGGUGAUUGCAGCACAAACAAGCAACAUCAAUCCCAAGCAACUACAUGAUAGGAAUUCUGCAGUAGCUCAAGCACAACAAGACGGAUGCACUGGCAAUUUUAGGAUAUUUGAUUCUCCAUUCGGAAAUUUUCUUGUACCUGUAAUUCCAACUCAUGCGGAACUGGCCGGAUCGGAUAAUCCAUCCAUGCUUUUAAGUAAAGGUGAUUAAAUCUAAGAAUCAGAACUGAUUUUUUCAUAGUGUGGAACCUCGGUGACUUGGAAGAUAACAGAGUAGAACAGGGAUAUGUCAUUGAGCCAGAAAGUCCUCUACUUGAAGGCUUGGCAAAGAUGCUUGCGGUCUCCAUGGCUAAUCCAAACCUAUUCUUUCUCAGACAUUGUCCACAAGAAAACAAAGCUUGCUCCUCUGCAGGAACGUAGAAUGAUUGACCGCUUUCGCAUAUGGGCCAAAGGAGGUGAUGGUGGCAACGGUUGUAACAGUAUUCGUCGUAGUCGACAUGAUCGCCGUGGCAGACCUGAUGGUGGGAAUGGUGGACGGGGUGGUGACGUGAUAUUAGAAUGUUCCCCUACAAUGUGGGAUUUGAGUGCUCUGCAGCAUCACAUUAAUGCAAAGAGAGGCGGAAAUGGGUCUUCCAAAAAUAUGAUAGGAAGCAGAGGAGCAGACAAGGUGAUCCAAGUUCCUGUUGGUACCGUCAUUCAUCUAGUAGAGGGUGAACUUCCAUCUGCAGUAGAGAAGAGUUCAAGUUCUAAAUUGGACCCUUGGGAGAUUCCAGGUACAGUUGAUACUGAUUCGUCAGAGUUGUCUACACAAUCAAUUUCGGCCGACCAAACCAGUUCAAAAGUUGAGAAGAAAGUCAAAUCAUGUGGACGUCGAGCUUCUCGUGGUGAAGAAUACUCUACACCUAGGACACAAAUUUUUGGUUUGCCAACCAAUUCCCGCACUACGUGCUCAAUUGCUAGCGACAAAUUCGAAAGUGAUGAUGAUGAUUUGAGUGAUUGGGAGGAAGAAAGCUGUGGACAAAUGGAAGAUCAAGAUGGUGAUGAUAUUAUGGGAACAGAAUGUGAAGAUGAGUUGGAAGAAACUGAACUUAUAGAAUACAAUGUGGCAGAGUUAACAGAACAAGGCCAACGAAUAGUUGUUGCUCGUGGAGGGGAGGGUGGCUUAGGCAAUCUGUCUAUGAGGAAAGCAUCAAAGAUGAUGCAAAAGGGAGCCAAUUCUGAUGAUGAAGUAUCUGACGAUUAUGAUCAUGCAUCACCAAGUGUUGGCUUGCCUGGCUCAGAGGUGGUACUUGUGCUAGAACUAAAGAGCAUUGCUGAUGUGGGUCUUAUUGGGAUGCCAAAUGCCGGCAAAAGCACCCUUCUCGGGGCAUUGUCAAAGGCUAAACCUGUUGUCGGUGAUUAUGCAUUCACAACAUUGAGGCCUAACUUAGGUAACGUAAAUUACUACGAUUUUUCUUUAACUGUAGCUGACAUCCCAGGACUCAUAAGAGGAGCCCAUGAGAAUCGUGGUCUUGGGCAUGCUUUCCUUCGGCACAUAGAACGUACAAAAGUUCUAGCCUAUGUGGUAGACUUGGCUGCAGCACUGGGUGAUAACAAGGGAAUACCACCAUGGGAACAGCUAAAUGACUUGAUUUUGGAACUGGAGUACUAUUCUGAGGGUUUAUCUGAUCGACCAUCCUUAGUGGUGGCUAACAAAGUCGAUGAAGAUGGGGCUGAAGAGGUAUAUAAAGAACUUAAACGCCGUGUAUCUGGUGUGCCUGUUUUCCCAGUUAGUGCAAUCCUAGAGGAAGGAGUACCAGAACUGAAAGAUGGUUUGAGGAUGCUUAUCAGUGGUGAACAAACACACAGGCUAAAAUUAGAUGGUAUAGUUCUUCACCAGAAUGCUGCUUCUGCGAGCAUCUAG